AUGAGAGGAGCAGCUAUGAGUCUAACUGCAGCAGCGAGUGGAUUAGUUGUCUUCCUGCUCUCUGUGUCAGCGGUUCAGAGUCAGUAUGGCUGGGGAGUGACUUACUCUUCUACUCAGAUCUGUGCAGUGAAAGGAUCAACAGUGGAGAUAAACUGCAGCUACAGAUACCCAUCUACAAUAAAUCACCAAGUAAACACAGUACAGAAAACCUUCUGGUUUACUCAGAAGAAAGAUGGUGAACCUGUAGAUCUGACCACAGCCUCAGAGUACGCAGGUCGUGUAGAGUAUCUCUGUGGAAACAACAGAUGCACUCUGAGAAUCAAAAACCUGACAGAGAGCGACUCAGCUGAGUACAGGUUCAGGCUCAAAACAAACAAAGAUGCAUAUACUGCUUCACCAGGAGUCACUUUGUCUGUCACAGAUCCAGAUCUACUGGUCAAGGUCAUGGAAACAAUGAUCCACCAGAGUAUUUCCAGAGCAAAGCUUCAGUGUCACAGCAGAUGUCUUUUACCUCAUGAUCCUUCCUACAUCUGGUACAAGAACGGACAGAACAUUCGGGGAGAAACCUCUUCUUCUUUUUCAGUCUAUUUUGAUUCAGCUGACAGCUUUUCCUGCGCUCUUAAAGGACAUGAGAAUUUCCCGUCUCCUUCACAGUGUGUUGACGGUCAAACCUGUAACAGAGUGAUUUACAACGACAGAAGCAUCUGUGCCUUCAAAGGAUCAUCAGUGGACAUUUCCUGCAUGUACAGCCAUGAAUAUGUUCAAUCAAAGUUUUGGUUCAGUCCUGAGCGUAGUCAUCAGGGACAUAAUUCCUCUCAACCUGAGGACCUUAGUGAAGACUCCCAGUAUGCAGGUCGUGUUCAGAUCCUUGAAACAGAGAGAGGACACUCCACUCUGAGGAUCUCUGACCUGAGAGACUCAGAUUCAGCUCAGUAUCUCUUCAAAUUCAAAACAUCAAGCUUUGAAUGGGGGAGUGAUUUACCUGGUACCACUCUGACUGUCACAGAUCCAGAUCUGAAGGUGAAGGUGCAGGUGCAUUCAUCUUCAUGGUCUAAGCUCCAGUGUUACACCAGUUGUCGCCUGCCACAUGGUUCUUCCUACAUCUGGUAUGAGAAUGGGCUGAAAAUUGCAAAAGAAACAUUAUCUUCAUAUUCAGUCUACUUUGGUUUUGCAUCCAGCUACUCCUGCGCUGUGCGAGGACAUGAGGAUUUCCCCUCGCCUCCAGUGUCUCUGCAGGUGCAGGUGAUCACAUCAACAGUCCACCAGGCUUACACCUAUGCAGAGCUGAAGUGUCGCAGCAGCUGCAGUCCAGCUGGUGUUUCCUACGUCUGGUUCAAGAACAACGAGAAAAUCAUCAAAGAGGAAAGACCUUUAUAUAAAGACUGGUUUUAUCCUGGAGACAUCAUCUCUUGUGCUUUGCAAGGACGCGAGAAUUACAGGUCUCCUUUGCUAUAUGCUCUGAAUAUUCCCAUCGUGUCAGUGAGUCCUUCCGAUGAAAUCAUGGAGGGCAGUUCAGUGACUCUGACUUGUAGCAGUGAUGCUAACCCAGCAGCUAACUACACCUGGUACAAGGAGGAUGAAGACUCUCCAAAAGCUUCAGGACAGAUCUUCACCAUCACUGACUUCAGAGCUAAACACAGUGGGAGUUAUUCCUGUGGAGCCCAGAACAAGUUAGGACGUAGUAACUCCACCUUAACUCUGAUUGUUGUGGCAGGGAGUUCAACAACGAUAGUGAAUAUCAUCAGGACGACUCUGGGGGUCUUGAUUCUGAUUCCUGUGUUUCUCCUGACUCUGUGGACGAGGAAGAAGAAAGCUCUGCGCUCCACCACUGAAGCACAUGAACCUGAAGAGAUAGAGUUGGACUCUGAUCCUGAGUAUGAGAACGACUCACACACUGCAGCACAGACAGAAGACCCAGAGGAGCAGGGAGACAUGGUGUGAAGUCCAGUCAGGUUAGAGCCUCCUGCAUCAGAUCAAACAGGCCCACUCCACAUGUAGAGUCACAGUUCCAGCUGUAACUUCACACAAAGUCUCUGUGAUUUUCUUCAGACGCUCACCUGAUGGAAACAAAGAAGAAGGACGUUGUAUAUAUUCACCUUCAACUCCAAACAUUGUUUAAUGUCAGUUUCCAGUAGCAGCAGCUUGUAGGUUUAGAAGAAUGUGAAGUGAAUCAUGUAAAGGUGUCAAACAUGAUGAACUAUACAUGCUUAUGUUAU